AUGUCAUUCCUCAUCGAGACCGUCGGCCGCCGCAUGGCCACCCUCCCCCGCGUCGUCCCCAGAGCCGUCGCCGUCGCCCCCAGACAAUUCACCACCACCACGCCCGUCCACAAGUCAGCCACCGAGACGGUCAAGGACGGCCUGAAGACGGUCGACCGCAAGGUCAGCGACAAGCUCGUCGACGGCAUCAACCUCGGCUCCUCCGUCGCGGAAAAGGUCAAGGAAGUCACCCCCAACUCGCAGGCCGAGGCCGCGGGCAAGGCACAGGAGCUCAAGGGCGAGGCGGCCGGCAAGGCACAGGAGCUGAAGGGCGAGGCCAAGGGCAAGGUCAACGAGGCCGCGGGCAAGGCGAAGGGUACCGCCGACCAGGUUAAGAAGAACAUGUAA